AUGCCCUCCAACGGGACCCACCAAGCUUUAAAGAUCCAAUUUGGCUUGAUUAACAGUAAUAACAAGUACUUGACAGCAGAAGCUUUUGGUUUCAAAGUCAACGCAUCUGGAGGCAGCCUAAAGAAGAAGCAGAUCUGGAUGCUGGAGCAAGAUGAAGGAGACAACUCUGUGGUGUUCUUCAAGAGCCACUUGGGUCGCUAUCUGUUGGCUAAUAAGGAUGGCAAUGUGUCAUGUGAGUCUGAGAAACCUGACAUUGAUUGCAGGUUCUUGGUCAUUGCCCACGGUGAUGGCAGAUGGACUCUACAGUCUGAACCCCACAAGCGUUACUUUGGGGGAUCAGAAGAUCAUCUCUCGUGUUUUGCCCAGACCAUUACCGAGUCGGAACUUUGGGCUGUCCACCUGGCCAUCCACCCUCAAGCCAACCUCCUGAGCAUCAGUCGGAAAAGGUACACCCACCUCUCGGUCCAAGAAGACGAGCUCUCUGUUGACAGUAACAUUCCUUGGGGGGUGGAUGCUCUCAUCACGCUGAUCUAUCAGGAGAAAAGGUAUAGCAUCCAGACUUGUGAUAAGAGAUUUCUCAGGAAUGAUGGAAAGCUGAUCAAGGAGCCUGGUGAGAGUACAAGUUACACCUUGGAGUUUAAAGCUGGGAAGAUUGCCUUCAAGGAUCAUGAGGGGAAGUAUCUGAGUGCAAUAGGUCCCACGGGAACCCUAAGAUCUGGACGAAACUCCAAACCUGGCAAAGAUGACCUCUUUGAUUUGGAGCAGAGUCACCCUCAAGUGGUUUUACAAGCUUCUAAUGGACGUCUCGUGUCCAUCAGACAAGGUAUGGAUAUCUCAGCUAAUCAGGACGAGGUGACGCAUCAUGAAACAUACCAGAUGGAAAUUGACAAAGAAACUAAAAAAUGCAUCUUCCGUACACACACUGGAAAGUUUUGGACCUUGGUAGCCCAUGGGGGAAUCCAGUCCACAGCCACUGAAGUAGAUGCCAACAGUAUGUUUGAAAUAGAAUGGCGUGGACGACGAGUAGCACUCAAGGCUAACAAUGGCAAAUACAUUUACACGAAGAAAAACGGACAGCUUGCAUCAGUGAGUGAUUCACCAGGUGAAGAUGAGGAGUUUGUACUGAGACUGAUUAAUAGGCCAAUCUUGGUAUUACGAGGAAGCCAUGGGUUUGUCUGCUACCAUAAAAGUUCCAACACACUGGAUGCCAAUCGGUCAGUUUACGAUGUCUUUCAACUCAUCUUUGACAAUGGGGGCUACCACAUUAAAGGCUCCAAUGGAAAAUUCUGGUACAUAUCCAGCAAUGGGACAGUCUGUACUGACGGCGACAUGCCCGAAGAUUUUUACUUUGAAUUCCGAGAUCACGGUCGAAUGGCCAUCAAAGCAAAGAAUGAAAAGUACCUGCGAAGCGACCAGGCAGGUGUACUCAAACCAGACGCAGUUGAUGUGGACAGUUCGACACUGUGGGAAUUUUAACAUCGGUGACUAGGUAGAUCAUGCGAAUUCCAGCUGUAUUUCUUUACCAACGUUGAACAACGUGAACAACAUGUAGAGUUAAACUGUAGGAC